UUCCUCCUCCUCCCCCAACCCACCCAAAGCAAACCCCUCACCCGCACCCGCCCUCCCGAGGCCGCAGCCUUAUCCUCUCCGCCCCGCCUCCGCGCUCCUCCUCCGCUCCGCCAAGGAAAACAUGGCUUCACCAUUUGGCGCCACUUCUACCGUUGGGCUCAUGGCAGCUCCAACUGGCCUUGUAUCAGACAAGAAGCCAUUUUCAUUGUCAUCUAUCUCCCUUGCCGACAGGCCACGCCAUGUGCGCCUUCAGAGGAAAUGCAACUUCAGAGUUAAAGCAGCUAAGGAGCUCUACUUCAACAAGGAUGGCUCAGCCACCAAGAAGCUCCAGGUUGGAGUCAACAAGCUGGCAGAUCUUGUUGGAGUUACAUUGGGACCAAAGGGAAGGAAUGUUGUUUUGGAGAGCAAGUACGGCUCCCCUAAGAUUGUCAAUGAUGGUGUUACAGUUGCAAGAGAGGUUGAGCUGGAGGAUCCUGUUGAAAAUAUUGGAGCUAAGUUGGUUAGGCAAGCUGCAGCGAAGACCAACGAUUUAGCUGGAGAUGGAACAACUACUUCUGUCGUCCUUGCUCAGGGGCUCAUUGCUGAGGGUGUUAAGGUUAUUGCAGCUGGUGCCAACCCUGUUCAAAUUACUCGUGGUAUUGAGAAAACAGCGAAAGCACUAGUCCUUGAACUUAAGAAGAUGUCAAAGGAGGUUGAAGACAGUGAGCUUGCCGAUGUUGCUGCGGUCAGUGCUGGCAACAACUACGAAAUCGGUAACAUGAUAGCAGAGGCUAUGAGCAAGGUUGGCCGGAAGGGAGUGGUUACCCUUGAAGAGGGGAGGAGUUCCGAGAACAAUCUUUAUGUUGUGGAGGGAAUGCAGUUUGAGCGUGGUUAUAUCUCUCCUUAUUUCGUUACCGACAGCGAGAAAAUGACCACCGAGUACGAGAACUGCAAGCUGCUUUUGGUUGACAAGAAAAUCACCAACGCACGGGAUCUUAUCAAUGUUCUGGAGGAAGCCAUUAGGGGUCAAUACCCAAUCCUGAUCAUUGCUGAGGAUAUUGAGCAGGAGGCUCUUGCAACCCUUGUUGUCAACAAGCUAAGAGGUUCUUUGAAAAUCUGUGCUAUCAAAGCCCCUGGUUUUGGAGAGCGCAAGACCCAGUACCUGGACGACAUUGCCAUCCUCACCGGAGGAACUGUUAUCAGAGACGAGGUUGGACUCACACUUGACAAGGCAGAUAACACAGUUCUAGGAACGGCUGCAAAGGUUGUCCUUACAAAAGAGUCGACAACAAUAGUUGGUGAUGGCAGCACCCAGGAAGAAGUGACUAAGAGGGUUGCACAGAUCAAAAAUCUCAUUGAGGUAGCAGAGCAAGACUACGAGAAGGAAAAACUCAAUGAGAGGAUUGCAAAGCUCGCCGGUGGUGUUGCUGUUAUUCAGGUGGGAGCACAAACAGAAACUGAACUUAAGGAGAAGAAGUUGCGAGUUGAGGAUGCUCUAAACGCAACCAAGGCUGCCGUUGAGGAAGGUAUUGUUGUUGGUGGAGGGUGCACUCUUUUGAGGCUGGCUGCUAAGGUUGAUGCCAUCAAGGACACCCUGGAGAACGACGAGCAGAAGGUCGGAGCUGAGAUAGUGAGGAGGGCGCUGUGCUACCCACUCAAGUUGAUCGCCAAGAAUGCUGGUGUCAAUGGCAGUGUUGUUACCGAGAAGGUUCUUUCUAACGACAACUUCAAGUUCGGCUACAACGCAGCCACUGGGCAGUACGAGGACUUGAUGGCUGCUGGUAUCAUCGACCCCACUAAGGUGGUGAGAUGUUGCCUGGAGCAUGCCGCGUCGGUGGCCAAGACCUUCCUGACGUCGGACGUGGUGGUCGUCGAGAUCAAGGAGCCUGAGCCCGCGCCCCUCGUCAACCCCAUGGACAACUCCGGCUUCGGAUACUGAUGAGCGACGGUGGAGUCUCUCCAGAGGAUGUGGUUUAAUUUUUGGUAGCAUGAACCAAGUUUUGAGAGAUUGAUGAUGAUGAUGAUGUAGUUUUGAGAUAAGAAAAAUGCAAUGUGAUGUGCCUGCCAGAACGGCGAAAUAAGCAGAGAAACAUUUAGCGGAAAUUUCUUGAUGUAAUUGGAACAGCUUACGGCUCUCGUUUUACGCGCAGGAAUGUAUGCCAUUUCACGUCU